AUGCUGGAAGGUUCCAUGAAGGAGCAGUAUAGAGUUUUGGAUGAUUAUUGCAAACAACUCCUUCACCACAAUUCUGGGAGCACAUUCAUUAUCAAAAGUAGCAUUGUCAAUGACAAUAAGUUGUUUGAGAGAGUUUAUAUCUGUCUCAAAGAUUGCAAGGAUGGAUUUAAGGCUUGCAGACCACUUAUUGGCUUGGAUGGUUGUUUCCUAAAAGGGUACUGCAAAGGUUUGUUGCUGGCUGUUGUGGGUAUCGAUGCAAAUAAUGACAUGUUUCUAAUUGCAUAUGUUAUUUGCGAGAAGGAAAAUACAGACACAUGGAACUGGUUUUUUAAAUUAUUGAAGGAGGAUUUGGAGGUUAUUGACACUAGGAGAUAUACACUGAUUAGAGAUAGACAAAAGGGGUUAGAAAAUGCUUUAGGUUCCCUGUUUGAUGGUGCUGAGAUAAGAUUUUGUGUGAGACAUUUACAUGCCAACUUUAAAAAGGAGUUUCCAAGUCUUCUUCUAAAACAAAAGUUGUGGGCUUGUGCAAAAGCCACAACACUAGAAGAUUUCAAGAGGAGGAUGGCUGAAAUGAAGGAGGUGAAGGAGAAUGCAUAUGAUUGGUUAAUGAAGAAGGCUCCAACUGAAUGGAGCAAGUCACACUUUAGAUUUCAUGUCAAUGGUGACAUGCUCUUGAACAAUCUGUGUGAGAGUUCAACUCUGCCAUAUUGGAUGCAAGGGACAAGCCCAUCAUAA